AUGUCUGUGUAAGGUGAACAUUUAGUUUAGUUUAAGUUUUUCUUUAUUUUAGUGCUGUGAGCUUUUGUGUGUUGCUGCAAUUUUUCGCAAGACCUGCCUCAGUAUGAUAUACUGUUCAAAAGAUGAAUUUCAUGUGAAACUCAGCAAUCGAUGUUGCAAAAAAUGUCCUAAAGGACAGCGUGUACUUGAAGACUGCACAGAAAACAGACCUACAAAGUGUGUAAACUGCAGCAAUGGAGAAUACCUGGAAUCAGACAGCUAUGCAAAACGUUGUGUGGCCUGCAAACUCUGUGAACUGAAGAGUCAUCUUGAGACUUUGUCUCCUUGCACAUUGACCGCGGACACCACAUGCCAAUGUCAAGCAGGCUUCUACUGCGAUCAUCAAGUUCAAGAGCAAUGUGAACACUGCUCUCCUGUAACAAAAUGUGGUCCUGGUGCUGGAGUGACCAAAAAUGCUACAUGGUGGUCUAAUACAGAGUGCAAGCCAUGUCCUCCAGGGACCUUCUCCAAUGUGACUGACACUCAUUCUUCAUGCCAAAUGCAUACUAAUUGCACAGAAAUUGGACAGAUCACAAGAAUUCCUGGAAACAGUACCAUUGACACUUUGUGCAGCCUAGUCCUCGUGAAACCAGGAGUGCCAUCCUGGGUCCUACCUGGCAGCCUGUGGGCAGGGUUUACGGUAUCAGUGGUUGUAUUUCUGAUUGUCACUGCCAUAUGGAAGAGGACCAAUAAAAAAGCUGAUGUCGUACAUCUGUCUGGUGAAUAUUUGGAUGAGAGCCUGAAUGCUAUACUCCAGGAGACACACUUUGCAGAGGAGAAGCUACAAAAUUCUUUGCUUGCUACACCGCUCCCACCAUCCCACUCAGAUGCCCUUGCAUUGUGCAAACUGGAGACAAAGCCAGAUGGAACCUCUUAUGAGACGUUAAUGCAGAAAGGUGAACCGGCAAGAAGAAAAAAAGCAAAUCAUUCAUUACCUCAAGGAGUUUCACAAAGCCUUGACUGUCUCACACCAGUCAAGGAAUUAACAUUGGACUGGGACUGGGUUUGUUCCUCUAAUGAAGAAGUUAAAAAAUCAGAUUCUGAGGAAACAUCUGUAACUCCUUUUCAGUAUUGUGAUAAAUUACUCACUGAACCUAAGAGUCUUUUGUGGUCUUCCCAAUUACCCAUGAGUCUAAUCAGUUGCAAUGGACUCUCUCCGGGAGGUGAGAAUUUGAAUCCCCAGGUAUACCCGAUAUUAACAAGUGAUCCUUCAGUAACCUCUGAUGUAGAGGCGGAUGGAACAGAUGCAACCACAAUAACUGCAUCAGAGCAGUUUGGCACAGUUAACCAUAAUAUCAGCAUUGUGGUGAGCCCACCUCCUCUCUGUACAGGAAACAGUUCAUCAGACCUUACUAAAAAUAUCAUAAGGUUCCCUUUAGCUGAGCCUGUAUCAAGGUGGAAAAAACAUAUCAUAGCAAGCUCUUGUCCCAGCCGCUUUGGUUUAGAACCUCAAGAAGAUGAAUGGACUGGUUAGCAGGCUAUGGAAACGCAUGACAUUCAGACCCUCUCUUUUAUUUGGAGAGAAACAGAUUCAUAUCAGGUAUCAGUUGUGCUGCAACCUGAAUUAAAGAAUGAUUAGAAAGAAAAUAUCUGCAUCAGUUUAUCUUGUAAAUACAAUAAUGAGGAGAUUGAGUUUCACUCACCACAGGACCAACAAGUUAAAAUACCACAAUAAUGGUCUAUUGCUUUUACGUAUUUCUGUGAAAAUAUGCAUUUAAUGUAUAUGGUAUGUCUAUGCCAAACACAGUGCAACAACAAUGUAAAGGUGUUUAACAAACACAAUAUAAUCUAGUUGAGUGGCACAAUGAAUGUCGUGGUUAGAGCUGUUGAAUUAGAACCCCAGAGUCCUAGGUUAAAACUGCAGCCCAAGUACUUUCUACUGGGAAUUUGCCUUUGCUCCUCGUAUGUAUGUGUCUGCUUUUUCCAAAGGUUUUUCCUUCCAUGGCCCAGAAAUGUAUGUUUUGGGUUAAGGGGUGACUCUAAAUUAAAUUUUAAUAGGUGAGUUUGAGUGUCUGUACAAAUGUCCCCACAUUUGGGGGGGUUUACAGACUGUUACCAUUUGUAGGCUUUGAUUCCCCUCAUUAUUAAAUGAGUGUGAAAAAGGGUGGGAGGAUCCUCUGCAUAUUUUUUACUACCUUAGGUUCAGAACAAAUUGCACUUUUCUAAAAUGAUCUCUCAGUAUUCCCUUUUUAUUGAUUUUAAUUAGAAGCAAAUAACAUUCCAUACAAUCAAGUCAAACUUAAUAAGCCAAAAUUCAACCUCCACACAAGAGAAAGAGGAGCCAACAACCAGAGCAAAUCAAGGAAUAUAUAUAGGCGCUGAAAUAGAAGCUUAUUCUAAAAUGUUAUUGAUUAGAUCCUGCCAUAUUUUAAAAAUGUUUUGAACAGAUCCUCUGAGUGAGAAUUUGAUAUUUUCCCAUUUCAAAUAGUAUAUAACAUCAGUUACCAACUGACAUAAAAGAGGUAGGGUGGAAUUCUUCAAAUUGCACAAGAUAAGUCUACAUGCUAGUAAUGAGGUAAAGGCAAUUACAGUUUGUUAGUCCUUCUCCGUCUUGGAGUACACCAAAGACAGCUUUUAAAGCAUUAGGAAUGAUUGUGACACCAAUGCUGUCUGAGAGGCAUUCAAAGAUUUUUGUUUAAAAUGUUAAUUUGGUGCACGUCCAAAAAAAUGUGGCCCAGUUAGUUCCAGUGUUCUUCUAUCCUUUUCUUGUUAUGGUCCUCACUCUGUUACAAAGGGCUCCUAACAAUAAAUAUAUAUGAUUUUGAAGUUAUUAAACUCUGUUGGAGGAAUUUGAUGCACUCCUUGUUCCAAAACAUUUUCAGUUCAUUAAUGUUUGAGGGCAUUCAUUUACACACAGCUCUCUUAAGUUCCUGCCACCACAUUUCAAAGGGGCAAAGAUAUGGACUUUGACUUGGUGAUGACUUUGUGUUUUGUCCAUUCAGUUGAAGAUUGGUCGGUGGGCUUGCGACCAGUGUCCAGUAACAUAACUGAGUAUAGCUUAACCACUGGAUUAAUGGCCUCACAUUUUCCUCUAGAAUGCUCUGAUACAAAAAAGUAUUUGUGGUAUCCACAGUGACUGCAUAAUGUCUAUGUGUUGUGGCUGUAUAAUGACCUCCCUAACCAUGAUUUGAUUGUUAGAGUUUAGAUCCUUGUAGUAAUAUGCUGUGCUUACCUUUCACUACACACAGUAUUGAGGAUAAUGACCAUAUAGGUUUACUUUAGUCUCAACUGUCCAGAAAAUAUUGUUUCAAAAAUCUUAAUAUUCCUUCAGAAGCAACUAUGCAAAUCUAACCCAUGACUUUUCUUGGAUAACAGUGAGUCUGGAGUUACAUUGCAACAUUCACAGGUUGAAUCUUUCCCUGGCUACAUCUUCAACAAUUUUUCAACAAGGUAAAUGUGCUUAAUCAAAGAUUUUAAGUUGAAUUAUUGAAUGCUUUGUGCAUAUAGAGUUAGAGUGUAUUCCAUACAUUGCUGCCUUCCACAUUUUUCUGAAAUAUUAAGUGAUAGAUCCUUUUUGCCAUUGUACUCUGAGAUCUUUGAAAAAAAGGGACUUUAGAAUGUUUUAUAUGUUGUAGAGAUGCUAUAUGAGUAUUUAAGACUGAUUAAUAUUUCUUCUGGAAUAGAAAUAGGUAGGAAAAUAGGGCAGGUUCUGUUUAGCGAAGUUUCUAAUUUGAAAGUAGUGGAAUAAUUGUGUUGAUAAGUUAAAUUAGAAGCAUAAUUGUUUGUAGGGUGCAAAGAUAUUAUCUAUUUACAAAUAUCUACGUCUUUUAAUCCCAGACAUUUUCCAAACAUUAAAUGGUGUUUAUGUCUGAUAGGGUAGUUAAAGGUGGUUGUCGUGUACAGGUGCAACACAUAAGAAUUUCUCUGUCUUAAAGUUCUACAUUGGAUCCAUAUUCUGAGUAAUUGAAGGGCAAUUGGAUUAUUAGUACAUUGAGGAUAAUUUGUAUUUACUAAAGCAUAGAGCAGGGAAU